UAUAUUCACAUCUCUAGUGCUUCGUUGUAUGGUUGUAUGGUGUAUUGUAGUUCGGCUUUUUUGCACAUUCGGUGAAGUGAGUGAGGUCUAUUUUUCUAUUAAAAUAAGCAAUGCAUUACUAGCAUCUUUGGAAUCAAGAACUCAGUGUAUUCGCGGUUUUUUAUGAACAAGAAUGUAUCCUGGAUUCGUUUCAAUUUAACAUUAUUGGAAUUAUCUAGUGUACAGUUUAAAAUAACGCCACAACAUGGAGAGUUCAGAUUUCGCUGGGUCAAAGAAAGGAGGAAUAGCUACAGCUAUAUCAGCUGCAUCCGAAGAUCUGAGCAAGGAUCAGACUUGGCAUUCGGAGGGGCAAACAUCCAAUGAUAUGGAUACAGAGGAAAGUUUACGAGAAAGCAGUGUAGCCACGAACUUGUCCGGCUUUCGUUGGAAACGUGUUCUCAAUCCGACAGGACCACAGCCGCGACCGAGACACGGGCAUCGUGCCAUAAAUAUAAAGGAGCUUAUGGUUGUCUUUGGCGGUGGAAAUGAAGGAAUUGUUGACGAAUUGCAUGUUUACAACACAGUUACGAAUCAAUGGUACGUUCCAGUGCUCAAAGGAGAUGUUCCCAAUGGAUGCGCUGCUUAUGGUUUUGUUGUUGAGGGAACGCGGAUGUUUGUUUUCGGUGGGAUGAUUGAAUACGGAAAGUACUCAAACGAACUUUAUGAACUCCAAGCGACCAAGUGGGAGUGGAGAAAAAUGUACCCUGAAUCUCCAGACAACGGCGUGUCACCUUGUCCACGCUUGGGGCACAGUUUCACAAUGGUUGGCGAAAAGAUUUUUCUUUUUGGUGGCCUUGCAAAUGAAUCAGACGACCCAAAAAACAAUAUUCCAAAAUACUUGAAUGAUUUGUACAUACUGGACACACGAGGAGUUCACAGUCACAAUGGUAAAUGGAUUAUACCAAAAACAUACGGCGACAGUCCGCCACCCCGUGAGUCCCACACCGGUAUUUCGUUUUCAAGUAAAAACACUGGAAAAUUGAACCUAUUAAUUUACGGAGGAAUGAGUGGCUGUCGUUUGGGAGACUUAUGGCUGCUCGACAUUGAUUCAAUGACUUGGUCCAAACCGCGCACACUAGGACAAGCGCCUCUGCCGCGCUCAUUACAUAGCUCAACAAUGAUUGCCAACAAAAUGUAUGUUUUUGGAGGAUGGGUUCCCUUGGUAAUCAAUGAUUCGAAGUCGACAACGGAGCGCGAAUGGAAAUGUACAAACACGCUUGCAGUCCUUGAUUUGGACACUAUGACCUGGGACAAUGUCACCUUGGACACUGUGGAGGAAAACGUGCCACGGGCUCGUGCCGGCCACUGUGCUGUUGGCAUCCAAAGUCGCCUAUAUGUGUGGUCGGGUCGGGAUGGCUACCGCAAGGCAUGGAACAACCAGGUUAGGGUUUGCUGCAAAGACCUCUGGUAUUUGGAGGUUGCGAAACCUCUUUAUGCAGUUAAAGUGGCACUAGUGCGCGCAUCCACACAUGCCCUUGAGCUGUCUUGGACUGCAACCACCUUCGCAGCAGCCUAUGUGUUGCAGAUUCAGAAAAUUGAGCAAGCAGCACAUACGAGCUCGAAGCAAUCAGCUCAAAGUCUGGUGCAAUAUGGAACAACGUCUACAGUAGCUCCACCACCAAAUGGCUCCGAAAUUACACCGUCAGGUGUAGUUGAAGCGCCUGCUGCUGCUUUCAAGUGCGAAAAGAGUCAGAUUUCAUUGCUCCAUCAUGUGGCGGGGGCUACAAGCGCUACUGAAGCAACCGUUCAGCCAACCACAUGUACAACGAAACCGGCAUCUUUAUUGGGAAAUCUUGGUUUCACUGACAUCUCGCAGUCUCCAUCGCCAAACACACAAUUGCAAAUGAAACCAAUCUCUCGAUUAUUAGUCGAAGCUGGCGGUGCUUCAUUGAAAUUAGAAAAGAGUGCGGGGCCAGUUAGCUCUUCAGAAGCCCUGGUGCAACCACUAACAACUGCGACUAAGACAGCAUCUGCUUCCGUACUGACGAGCGUAGGAUUCAAUGACAUGUUUCAAUCGGUAUCGACGAAUACACAAUUUCAAGGGAAGCCUGUAACAGCUGUGGCCGGAACUUCUUUUACUCUGCCAACAUCAACGGUCGGUGUACAACCGCAGAUAUCUAUAAUCAGCAGUACUGCAACCACCAGUAGUAGCAGUGCCAUGCUGCAAAAGUUUCGUCCCAGUCUAGCCCCUUCAAGGCCAGGUUCAACGACCACAGCAGCAGUAGCAAUAGCAACUGGCGGUGACCCUAUGUCUGUGCGCGUCUCUGGUUCGAUGACAUCGAAUGUAGUGCUAAGCUCUACGGCUUCAAGUGGCAGCCUACGCCUCGUACCCAGCGUUACUGCAUCUCAGACACUGCGGCUAGCAUCCUCCCAUGGCACUGGAGCAGGCACCGCAACUAAUAUAAAAACUGCACUGCCAAGCACUGCUGUUCAAUCGCAGCAUACGGGACAGGCAACAACGUCAAUAGGUGGCAAGCAGUACUUUAUUCAAAAGCCGCUAACCCUUGCUCCAAAUGUGCAGCUGCAGUUUGUUAAAACAAGUGGUGGCGGUAUGACGGUACAGACGCUGCCGAAGAUGAACUUUAAUAUAGCCAAAGGCGCUUCUUCACAGGGUCUUUCAAUAACAAAUCAGCAGUUGUCUGCUGCCUCUGCCCAGAUUCAGAUCUCUUCUGGACAGCAAAAGUCAUCGUCUCCGGCUGGCUCAACAGUUUCACCAAUAGUAGGACAGACUACGCCUGGUAGCCAGCAACAUAAAUCUAUUGUAUCUGGCAACGUACUGAAGCUUGUUUCGCCCCACGCAAUGGCCAGUGGUGGAAAAUUGAUCAUGAAGAAUUCAAACAUUCUGCAAAUGGGAAAGGUUACGCCAAAUGUAAUGGGCGGAAAGCCUGCUUUUGUUAUAACAAACAAGCAGGGGACGCAGCUAGGCAACCAGCAGAUCAUUAUUGUCACCACAGGCGGCAGUCUGCGAACCGUUCCUGCCAGCACUGUGAUGAGCACAGCCGGGACAGGAACGGGGACAAGCAUAGUUAGCAUAGUGGGUUCCACGUCGACCACCACUAGUACAUUGCAGGCGGUUGGUGGGCAACGAGCCAUGAUUUCCAACCAGAGUGGUGUCAAAAUGAUACGCAACAUUUCAUCAGCACCUGGAUCAGUAGCUACUGGACAAAAACUGAGUAGUUCUCCUCUACAGCAAAAAACGGCUCUGUUUAUAGGCGGCAAACCAGUCACGGUAAUGAGCACGAAUGCUGGAAUUGCUGGUUCUAGCAGUAACUCAAAUAAACUAGUGGUUUUGCCGGGGACAAGUGCGACAACCGUUGGUUCUACCACCACACUUAGCUCCAGAAAAAGCUUCGUUAACAUUUUUAAUGCCGGUGGUAAUUCCCGUGCCCUAACUUUGGCGACCAAGAGCGUGCCAGCCAAGAUUGUACAGUCGGCACAGGUUCAGAUACAGAAGGCGGCCGUCUCCGAAAAGAGUAUUCCGAUUGUAAAAAUAGGGGAAACUGAUCCUAUGGACGAUAUAAUAGAGCAGUUGGAUGGUGCUGGCGAUCUAUUACAAAAACAUCCUACACCUGAAGCCCAAGCGAGAUCUGAAGAGGGUGUAAAUGAAGACAAUGCCACAUCAACGUCAACUUCAACAUUAGGCCAUUCUGAAGGCCCGUUAGCAUCAAGUGGUUCAAGCGAUAACAAUCAAAGGCUAACUGACCACCAAGUGGGCAUUGUUGAAGAUACAACCGGCGUCAGCAGCACUACUGAUGCUAGGGAAACUCCAGCAGAAAUCACCGAAAGUGUUCAUAGCGCUCAAUCCGGGGAAGAGAAGAUGACUAGCAUUGAGUUUAUGGCCAAGCCUUCAUCCUCGGACAGUACCUGCAGCAGGCCGACAACGUCUGAGACUGAAGCCGCCACUAUACUAACAAACAUAAAAGCUGGGGAGGCUUCAGUUUUGGGGAGCGGAGUAGUCGGUAAAGAUCAGGCCAUCUCUACUACUCGUGGUGCAGGAGACGAUGGGACUCGAGAUACAGACGGCGAUUUUGGUCCAGGAUCAAAGCCCAUGGCCAUGCCUCGUAAACCUCAUCAACACCAAAAUGUGGAUGGCUCACAUUUGGAGGCAUUAGCCUCAGCAGCUGUGAUGCAAGCAGAAACGGCAGAUGCAACCGCUUCGGUGAACACUAUUCAAGCGGUUAAAAGUGUGUUCGAACGAUCGGGAAGCGGCUCGGUAGCACAGAUACCAAUUGCAACUGCUGACAAUCCACAAACCAAUGAUCAACAAAAUGCCAUCGCCGUUGCAGUGCAAAACACAUCGCAGGACGAAAUCGAGAAAUGGCAAACAGUGGGGGUAUUCAAAGACCUCUCGCAUACAGUUACCAGCUAUAUUGACUCAAAGUAUUUCAACGAUACUUUUCUCGAAAGCUUAGAUGUCGACAACUUGCCGGACUUUAAUCAAUAUCCACGCAUAAGCUUAGAUCCUGGAACAGCUUAUCGCUUUCGUUUGGCUGCUAUAAAUUCAUGUGGUCGCGGCGAAUGGGGAGAGAUUUCCAGUUUUAAAACUUGUUUGCCCGGCUUCCCAGGUGCCCCAUCGGCAAUAAAGAUUUCGAAGGACGUUAAGGAGGGUGCUCAUUUAACAUGGGAGCCGCCUCCGGCACAGAAAACAAAGGAGAUAGUCGAGUACUCCGUAUACCUUGCUGUAAAGCCCACGACCAAGGACAAGGCGCUAGCGUCGCCACAACUGGCUUUUGUGCGAGUAUACGUAGGUGCAGCCAAUCAGUGCACAGUUCCGAACGCCUCGCUUUCCAACGCUCAUGUGGAUUGCUCGAAUAAGCCGGCUAUUAUAUUCCGAAUUGCAGCGCGCAACCAAAAGGGUUAUGGACCAGCGACGCAAGUUAGGUGGCUGCAGGAUCCUGCUACAACUAAACUACAGACGCCCCUCAACGCGCCAAGUUUAAAGCGUGCUCAGGACAAGACUUUCAGUGGCACUGGCAGCUCGGCAAAUUCGUACUGUUCGCCGCAAAAGCGAGGGCGUAGCGGGGGCUUGCCAAAUUGAUCAUAUAUUUAGCUAUAGUAUAUAUAUAGUUGUAGAAAUUUAGGGAUAUGUCAUCAUAAAGAUUUACAGUAAUAUAACUGCAACCGCCGCAAAAAAUUAAAAUUAAAAUCGAACCCAUUUCAGAUGUAUAUAUAUAU